GCUCUGAAGGAAGCACAGGAGCAUCAUGGCUGAGUUUACCUGAGAUUGCUGCGCGGAGCGGACAAUUUCACUUCAAAUCCUCCGCAUUACGUCUUUAAUAACGUCUUCUUUAUGUCGUAUCGCGUGGUCCUGUUUUAGUCUCAUUUGCCGCUUAAUCUGCGGCAUUUUGCACAGCUGCAGAUGGAGCAUAUCCGACUUCCAAAGGUAGAGCACGUGAAGCUGCUCGACCGUGUGUCCGCUAGAAAGAGCCGCGUGGGUACCCUGUAUCUGACCGCCACGCACACCAUCUUCGUAGAGAGCGAGGACGGGGUGCGCAGUGAAACCUGGGUGCUCCACAGUCUGGUGUGCAGUGUAGCGAAGCACUCCUCCUCCUCUUCUUCAUCUUCUUCAUCCUCCUCAUCUUCCUCUUCCUCUUCCUCUGGUGUGUCUCUGAUGGUUCACUGUAAAAACUUUCAGCUGUUACAGUUUAUGGUCCCAGAGGAGCAGGACUGUCAGGACAUCCUCCUCUCCCUGCAGCGCCUCUCCCAACCAGAGUCAUAUGAGGAGCUGUACUGUUUUGCCUACAAACCAAACGUGGCUGAAGAGGAGAGGCAGAGAGAGUGGAACUUUAUGGACCUCAGAUCAGAAUACAAAAGAAUGGGGCUGCCAAACACCAACUGGAAACUGUCCUUUGCCAACCAAGACUAUAAGGUGAGCGACACGUAUCCCUCUGAGGUCUUCGCCCCAGAGUCGGCCACACUUCCCGUCAUUGUAGGCAGCUCCAAGUUCAGAAGCAGAGGACGAUUCCCCACUCUGUCCUACUACAACCGGGACAACCAUGCAGCUGUGUGCCGCAGCUCUCAGCCCCUGUCUGGAUUCAGUGCUCGGUGCCUGGAGGACGAGCAGAUGUUGGGGGCGGUGCUGAGGUCGAAUCCCCGCAGUGAGGUGCUCUAUGUGGUGGACACCCGACCCAAAUUGAAUGCAAUCGCCAACAGAGCAGCAGGAAAAGGCUAUGAGAAUGAGGACAACUACUCCAACAUCAAGUUUCAAUUCAUGGGCAUUGAGAACAUUCACGUCAUGAGGAACAGCCAACAGAAGAUGCUGGAAGUGUGUGAGCAGCGGAGUCCCUCCAUGUCGGACUUCCUGGAGGGACUUGAGAACUCGGGGUGGCUCAAACACAUCAAAGCUAUUCUGGACGCAGCCGUGUUCAUCGCUAAGGCUGUGUCAGAGGAGGGGGUGAGUGUCUUGGUGCACUGCUCAGACGGAUGGGAUAGAACAUCUCAGGUCUGUUCAGUCUCCUCGGUGCUGCUGGACCCCUACUACAGGACCCUCAAAGGAUUCAUGGUUCUUAUUGAAAAAGACUGGAUUUACUUUGGCCACAAGUUUUCUCACAGAUGCAAUCACCUAGAUGGCGACCCAAAGGAGGUGUCUCCAGUCAUAGAUCAGUUCCUCGAGUGCGUGUGGCAGCUCACUGAGCAGUUCCCUUGUUCUUUUGAGUUCAACGAAAGGUUCCUCAUCACAAUCCACCACCACAUUUACUCCUGUCAGUUUGGAAACUUCAUCGGCAACAACCAGAAGGAGAGAGAGCAUCUAGGAAUUCAUACAAGGACUCACUCUCUGUGGAGUUACCUGUGGACAAACAGAGCAGACUUCAUUAACCCUUUGUACAGACCCAACCACAGCCAAACUCAAGGGGUGCUCCGGCCCUCCACUGCCCCGUACUGCUUCAAAUUUUGGAGGGGCCUUUACAACCGUUUUGAGCGCGGUGUACAUCCUCGUCAGUCAGUGGAGGACUGUCUCAGGACGAUCCGGGAGGAGACAGAGCAACUGGAGGAGCAGCUGGCUUCUCACAAACAGAAAAUAUCAAAACUGGAGGAGCAGAAGUGGACCGUCUCAAUGAAUAUAUUUGACAAAAGUCCAACAGCAUGGAUCUUCACUCCAGACAUAAGACUGGCCAACACCCCUCAGGACUACACCUCCUGUUUCCUCACCAGCAGCCCGCGACCAGCAGGAGGCAGUCCAGUCACUCCACAGGAUUUAAACCAAACAUCAAGCUUUAAUUCCAACGGCAGCGAUCAGGAGUCCGGAAUUGCAGACCUGAGUGUCCAAUCUCCUUUCAGUGAAGACAGUGCCAGGGAUUCAGAUGAAGCAGCCAAUUCGGCAGCUUAGGUGAAACAACAGGUGUACUGUAAAACAAUAGGGGCUCCACAUGUGCCAAAAAACAUCUUGGAAAAUUGAGCUCAACCAUGAUUCAAAUGCAAAAUUACAUUGGUCAUUAAUUCUCCCCAUGUAUUCAAAAUUUUAUAUAUAAUGAGUUCAAAGGCACAACAUAGGCUGUUUGGCUAAAACUACUGACUAUCACACAAUUGUAUAAAAUGAAAAAUAUAUUUAGAAAACUUGAAAAUACCGCAGAAUGUUUGUUUCAGAAAUAUUUUAAUCAGAAUGAAAAGUUUUAUGAUGUGAGUAGCCCCAUAGAUUAUUAGCCUAUAUCAAGCCUUUGGACCCUCUUUAAAAGUCUAUGGGAAAAACGCAUGACAGUAGAAACACUUUGAAGAAAUCAUAAUUUCAAAUUGAGGACCUUAUAACUCUAUAGGAGAUACACAUUUUAGAAGGGAAUAACUAAAUGAAUCCACAAAAGUUGAACCCAGUUAUUAUCUGCUGGUGGUUGGAUCUAGAUUUUGUUUCAUGUAGAUAGACCAAGCAAUUCCAGAUAUUAACCAAAAACAAUCUGUAUUUUGAAAUUUAAAAAGCAAAUUCUACCAUAGUAUUCUGACCUGCCCUCCACCACAAAUUAACCAUGUGAACCAACUGUUGAGCUCAAUUGGUGUAUUUUCUAGAUGAAGCAGCCAAUUCUGUAGCAUGUAAACACCAAUUAUGCAGCAUAUUUAGCAAGGCAUUUCCUUACAAUUAAUUAAAUUACAUUAGAUCUUUGGGUCUGGUUUAGUGGCGAACAUACUUAUUACCGGUUAAGCUGUUUUUAGACCAGAAUUAUUACACUAUAUCAAAGUGAGAAUAAAAAUUUAAAUUACUAUGCACUGUUCAGCAUGCAUCCCAUUUAUAAAGGCUAGUGACUACGACAAACUAUCAACUGGAUAAAUUAUUAUAUUACUAUUUUAUUCGGAAAGUUGACUAAAUUGAAAAAAAAAAAAAAGUGAACUCAUUGUCUGCAAUCUCUACUGUCACCACUAGAUGCUGCCAAAUCUUAGAGCUGGCACUUUUAUUGCUGCCUAUUUUUUGUCACUAGAGAUGUAUAUGUUUGGGUCUUAUGGCAUUAUGUAGUUAAACAAGCAGAUAUCUGAACAACAUAUGCAAGCAUCUUUGCUUUUUUUCCAUGGGUGACUAGCUUUGAAUUAACCUGCACUUUAUAUUUUGCAUGUGAUUUGCUUGCUUCUCAUAUAAAAGAAGCGCAACGUGUUAUGCUAUUGUUAAAUCUUAAAUCGGGUAGGAGUUUGAAUUAUGUAUCAAAUGUUAGAACUGACGACUCUAUGGGCCAUAACAACAACACACAUUAUAAUUAUAGCACAUGAUAAAAGAUUAUUUUAACUGUAAUUUCUGAACAAUUAUUUGCACAUUUUCAGCAUAGGAGAACAAAUCUUACUGCACCUGUAGGAGUGUAUUGUGUAUGUAUGACCAUUACAGUCUAAUGGUUGGACACUGGAAAAAUGUUACUGCAAAUACCACUACUUUAAAAUCAUUAUCUCAAGAUGAUCUGAAAAAGGGAAUAGAUUAUUAUUAUUAGUUGGCUGCUUUACUUGUUUUGUAACUCUAUUAUAUUUUUAUAAGCAUGUUUCAUUUGUUUUGAAUGUGACACUACUACAUGUUGUACCCUCUGUGAACUCAAAUGAGCAAAACCAUCAAUGCUGAAUGGUUAAGCAUGUAUUAUUUAAGCAGUUUAUUUUUGUACUAUUUGUCGUUUUAUGAUUUUGACCUAAAAUAAAGUGGAAUACAAUUUUUUCCCCCUGUGUCUCAUAGACAUGGCACGUGGCAGAAAUGUAAUUGAUAUCUGCAUGUGGUAUGGUAUGUGCACCUGUGCAUAGCACAGCUGCGUGAAACUGUAGUGUUCACUGCCGUUCAUUUGCGUUGUAACCUGCAACCGCUAGAUGUCACUGUCCAACAGCUAAAAAAACAAAAAAAAACAUUGUUAUUUAACCCUUUAUUAGAUUUUAAAUAAAACCGAUUGUAUAAAGCAC